AUAGAGCUGUUUGUUUAUUUGCCCAAAUACCUGUUUCUAAUAUGCAAGUGUGGAAUUAGAUGCGUGGCAGGCAAGAUUGUUGGUCAUUUGCAAGCAAAGCAUAAGUCUAUUAAGCCUAGCAAACGGUUAAGGAUUGCAGAAUUGAUAAGCCAAAUCCUAGACAUUACAAGAACCUAG